UUCUAUAGGCGACAUUCCAAACAAACAACUCUUUACAAUGAUUUAGGCAAUUAAAAUUGAAAUGAUUAGUAUAUUCAUGCAAAUCGGAGUGGAUGACCACUAAAGGAAGGAUUCUCAUUUGGAUUGCUCUGUAGUUCAAGAGUUUCAUCCCAUGGAGAGGGGAGAAAUAAAAAUGAAGAUUUUAGCAUAUGCAGGGCUUCUGCUCAUAGUCAUAUUUAGCACCGCGGAUGUCUUUUUUGGCUUUGCCUACUACCUUCAUUGGAAUAAAUACGAACUCUUCAGAGACAAUGUAGUUAAUUACAGCUUCGUGCACUCAAUGUUUGACUUUUGGCUGUUCUCAAUGGUCAGAGUGUUUCUGCUCUUGAGCGCGGUCUUUGCAGUUAUCACCGACCGGCCAGACGCUUUGAAAUACAUAAGUAAGUCCAGAUACCCCGUCGGAGUACUGAACAUACUUAUGGUCCUCUACACUUUGGUCAAAAUCAUGUUAUAUACUGAAUAUCUGGAUGGCAACCAUGAUGAUGAUCCUUGGUUCUUGACUUUAGGAGCUUGGACAAUGAUGGCAUCACUUAUCAUGUACGUCAUAUGGAUAAACAUUCUGCAGGAGCCGUUUUACCCUCUUAGGACCAAAAUGGCCUUGCUGAAGCCUGAUGCUGUCAAAUCAACCAGUAAAGGAAACAUAGACGGGGAAAGAUCUGAAGACUGUUUUGAAAGACAGAGUUGCCACACCGAUGAUGACAAUGACGAGGAAGAUGAUGAUAAAGUUAUAGGGAAGGGAAAGAAAUCUGUCAAGUGGUAUUCCGUGUUUGCUCGAUUGAUAUCUUUCUCCAAGGAAGAUUGGCCAAUCUUGCUUGUUGGUAUCGCCGCCCUCAUAUGCACUUCCGUCGGCAGCACAUUUCUCCCGCUGUUAGCAGGUCGGGUCCUUGAUGGAGUUGUUCAAGGAAAAGAUGCGGCUCAAUUUUAUAAAUCCAUUGUUCUGAUGACGGUGAUUUCCUGUGAAGUGGCAAUAGGCAAUGGAGUUCAAAGUGGAUCCAUAAUGGUCGCCAUGGCACGUCUCAACCGACGAAUCACAAACUGCCUCUUUGAUUCCAUUCUGAAACAGGAUAUGUCGUUCUUUGAUAGAAAUGGAACAGGGGCAAUACUGUCGCGUCUGACAUCGGACACAAUCACCAUGAGUGAUUCCCUUGGAAGCAGCGUCAGAAUAUGUCUCCGGAAAACCUUCCAGAUCGUCAGCAACACGGUGGCUAUGGUAAUUCUUUCAUGGAGACUCUCUGUCAUCACUGUAAUCACUUUAAUUCUGUUGCUAGUUAUCUCAGACAUCGUGGGAAGGUACUAUGAGAGGCUAGCAAGAAAGGUACAAAGCACUUUAGCCAAUGCCAACAUCGUGGCUGAAGAGACUGUGUCCAACAUAAAGACCGUUCGAAGUUUUGCCAUCGAAAAAGGUGAGAAAAAUACCUACCGUGAUAGAUUGGACGCCGUUUAUCAUUUGCGUAAAAGGGAGGCAGGCGUGUUAGGCUUGUCCAAAGUGAUAGUCUCGGCUUGUGAAUUGUUAGCGUUUGUAGUGGCCCUCUUUUACGGAGGCCAUCUGGUUCUCAACGGAGUGAUAAGUGGUGGAAUGCUCUUUUCUUAUGUAUGGUAUCAACAGAAGAUUGGAAGAAACAUCGAGAAGAUUUCUGACGGGUUUGCCCACCUGAUGAAAGCAGCUGGGGCUUCAAGGAAAGUGUUUGAAAUGAUUGACUCGAGUCCUAAGCUUACGAAUGAAGGUCGUCUCACACCAAGGGAGUUUAAGGGCCAUUUGGAAUUCAGGAACGUACAUUUUACCUAUCCCUCCACAGCAUCUCCCCGGGUGUUAGAAAAUGUAAGUUUUACCGCAUCACCAGGAGAAGUGGUUGCUCUUGUUGGUCCCAGCGGCGGGGGCAAAAGUUCAUGCGUUAGCCUCAUAGAACGUUUCUAUGAACCUACCCUUGGGGACGUCCUGAUAGAUAAUAUCAGUGUCAGGGAGUACGAUCAUACAUACCUUCAUACACAAAUGGCUCUCGUUGGUCCAGAACCUAUCCUCAACGCAAAAACAAUCAAGGAUAAUAUUUCCUUUGGCCUUGAUAAUUGCAGCAUGAGUCGCAUUCGUAAUGCUGCAGAACAAGCCAACAUCCACGGCUUCAUUAACAGUCUCGUUAAAGGCUACGCGACGGAAAUUGGCGAGAAGGGUGUUCGGUUGUCAGAGGGUCAGAAACAGAGAGUAGCCUUAGCCAGAGCCUUGUUGAGGAACCCCAAGAUAUUGCUCCUGGAUGGUGCCACAAGCGCUUUAGAUGCUGGAAAUGAACACCAGGUCCUGGAUGCGAUCUUCAAAAAAUUCAAAUGCCGGACCCUCUUGAUUGUUACUAAUAAUCUGAGUGUAAUCGAGAAGGCUGAUCGCAUCGUGGUCAUUGACAACGGGAGGGUGGUCGAGCAAGGUUGCCACCAAGAACUCAUGAGUGCUAACAGUCAUUAUGCUCGGCUUGUCCGAUGUAAACUCCACAACAUUUUACAGAAGUGACAACUUCAAUAAAUAAGAUGAUGCAACUAGAAACUCAAGAGGACUGAGAAGUUGGAAAUUACCAUUUAGUCUACACCCACUAGGUCUACUUUCCGGGUCUACAUUACACUCAAUCAAGAAAUUGAAUUGAAAUUGGAUUGAAAUUGAAUUAAUCAAUUUCACAUUGCACUAAUACAACUCGAAUCUCAGGAGGACUGAGAAGUCGGACUUGUGGUACACCAUAAGGAAAAUUACUAUUUAGUCUACACCCACUAGGUCUACUAUCCAGGUCUACAUUACACUCUGUCUCAUCCCACGUGGUCUACCCUACUUUGUCCACAACCAAUUCGUCUACUGUCAGCUGGCCAAAUUAGCAUCUUGUUUGACACCACUUAAAGGUAUUGUUUAACUUUGUGAGCAGCCGAUUUAAAAAAAAUCUCAAACCAAGAUGAAACAUGUGUACCAGUGCAUGCAUUGGAACUGAUAUUCCCUGAAAACAACCAUUAUUGAGAAUGAAAAGCUAAAACUACUAGGCAAACCCCGAUUUUGUAAAUAGGCGUC